AGUUGGCCUAUAACGUUGCUUUGUUCCCAGCAGUCAGUGGCUUAUUGCCCAGUCACACCCACACAUAUACUGUAUAUAUACUGGUGUACGUGUUCCUCUACUGACCACUCAACCUCCAGGUUCACAUUCUCUGCUUCCACAUCUUCUCGUCUCUCAGGACAACUGUACAUCGUCAGCCAUGGGAAACAAACCCGGCAACACUCACCAAAGCUCCGACGACCAUAGUGUUGACGACCAUAGUGUUGACGAUCAUAGUGUUGACGACCAUAGCAUCGACAACAGUAACUCCGGCAACAAAUUCGACAACAUCACCAGCAUUGGCACAAUCAAUGUUUCAUCCCGAAGGCAACUCCAAAGCUCAAGAUGCUUGAUACCAGUCGAAAGCUCAUCCAAAAGCUCAAUCGACAUCUCAAGCGAUGUGCAGCUGUUCCGGACUCUGAGCCGUGCAAACCCAUCAGGGAAUUUGUUUGUGUCUCCGCUGAGCAUCCGUUCAGCUCUGGCUAUGGUCUACCUGGGAGCCAGAGGAAACACAGCCGAUCAAAUGGAAAAGGCCCUGUCAUUCAGUUCUGAUGAAGCCGUCCACGCCAAAUUCAAGAAGCUGAUCGAAGACAUCCACUCACCAUCGGUGUCAUACAUUCUGAAAAUAGCCAAUCGUCUGUAUGGGGAGCAAACCGCAAUGUUCCUACCUCGAUUCCUGGAAGCCAUGUGUAAGUACUUCCAUUCCGACCUGAAGACUGUGGAUUUCCUCUGCGCCGUGGAGGCGAGCAGAAAGGAGAUCAACACCUGGGUCGAGCAGCAGACAGAAAAUAAAAUAAAAGAUCUCCUGAAGCCGGGGAUAGUCUCUGCAGGUACGAGGCUGGUUCUGGUCAAUGCCAUCUACUUGAAGGCAAACUGGAAGAACCGCUUUUACAAAGCAAACACCAAAGAGAUGCCCUUUAAAGUCAGCCAGACUGAGUGCAAACCAGUCCAGAUGAUGAUCCAGAUUGAGAAGCUGCCCUACAACUACAUCCCUGAAUACAGUCUGCAGAUCCUGGAGCUGCCGUUUGAGAAGGAGGAGCUCAGCAUGUUCAUCCUGUUGCCUGAACAGUCCACAGACUGUUCCGACCCUCUGCUGAAGCUGGAGAUGGAGCUGACGCUGGAGAUGCUGAAUGAAUGGACUGACAGGAAAAACAUGGACGUCCAGUCAGACAUCCACGUUCACCUGCCAAAGUUCAAGCUGGAGGAGGACUACGACCUGAAGGAGCCUCUGUCCGAGCUGGGCAUGACAGACGUGUUCUGCCCGUCAAAGGCCGACCUGUCUGGCAUGAACGGUGAAGCAGGACUCUUCCUGUCUACGGUGAUUCACAAGGCCUUCAUGGAGGUGAACGAGGAGGGCACGGAGGCGGCUGGGGCCACAGCAGCCAUUGGAUUAGAUAGAUGUAUGUUGAGGGUGAAACCCUUCACAGCAGACCACCCCUUCCUCUUCUUCAUCAGGCACAAUCAAACCGGGGCCAUCUUCUUCCUUGGCAGGUACGCGUCUCCUCAGUAGACAGAACCAGGGCAGGAAGAUAUUCAAAUGAAAGCUUAAUCCUUUCAAUCUGGGUUUUAUUUUUGGGGCUUUAUGCUAAUUAGCAUGAUUUUUUCUUCUGUUUUUGCACUGAAAUUGUAGAGGAAGAUAUUAAUUAAUGAAAAGGGCUUAAUCCUUUAAAUGGGGGCUUUACUUUCUGGGAUUUAGGCUAUUUAGCUUGGUUUUUACUUCUGUUUUUGCACUGAAAUUAUAGAUGAAGAUAUUAAUUAAUAAAGAAUAGUUUUGAUCCAACAA